CGAAGAAAAGAAACACAAGAGGAGCAGCGGAGGCAGCAGCAGGCAUGGCCGGACACACGGAGAGCCCUCACACCGCCACGGCCCAGCACGCGCUGCCACAGAGACGGGGGCCUUAAAAUCACACCCUUUUUUAUUUGAUCUAUUCCUCUUCUUUUUAUCUGUCUUUUUUUUGCGAACCAAAGCGAUUGGAUAAAUUUAGAAAAAAAAAAUUUUUUGUAUUUUGUUGAUAUUUUUAAUCAUGCUGGAUGCUGGAGAUUUUUUUUUCUUUCUUAUCUUCUUUAAAAUGCCAAACCAAAGAGAACGGAAAAUAAAUUAAAAAUCACCGAAAGGGAGACUUUUUACUAUUUGAAAUAAAAAAAGUAGCCUCAUCAUUUAAAAUAAUAACAAUAAAAAUAAAAAUAAUAAAAUCCAGAGAAGGAGACUAUACGGGAUAAGGAAGCGAAGGAGGAGAAACUUUUAAGCACGUGAGGAACUUUUGACUCUUUGGCGAGCAGAUAGAUGAUUUGUCUACGAGCUCUCGCGCACGAUGAACGCGCAGCUGUCGAUGGAGAGCCUGGGCGAUCUGCACGGCGUGAGCCAUGAGUCGCCGGCAGUGGCGGCGGCAGCCCACGCGCGCUCCGCGGCGGGCAUGGCGUCAAUCCUAGAGAGCGGCGACUAUCCUCAUCCUGCUCAUCCGCACCAUCCUCAUCCUCAUCAUCCGCACGCUCAUCCACAUCCUCAUCAGCACCGCCCCCCGGAGCACGCAGGUCUCGCCGGCCACCUGCACGCGGCGAUGAGCGGCGCCAUGGCGUGCGAGGCGACCGCCGGUAUGGGCAUGAGCGGCACCUACACCACGCUCACACCGCUGCAGCCUUUACCUCCCAUCUCCACAGUGUCCGACAAGUUCCCUCAUCAUCCUCAUCCUCACGCUCAUCCUCACCAGAGGAUCGCGGGAAACGUCAGCGGGAGCUUCACGCUCAUGCGGGACGAGCGCGCGCUGGCCUCCGUCAACAACCUCUACGCGCCCUACCACAAGGACGUGGCAAGCAUGGGCGCCAUCCACGGCUCCCAGCAUGCACUGCCCCCACCUCCGCCGCCGCCUUACACCCACGAGAAGAUGCUCGCGCCCGCCGGAUUCGAAUCCCAUCACCCCUCCAUGCACGGGAGCAGCGUCACCUCGUCCACCUCGUCCUCGUCCUCAUCCUCGUCCUCCUCCCCGGCGACCGGCAUGAUGGUGCAAAUCAACGGCAUCCAUCACCACCACCACCACCACCAGCACCACCAUCACCCCCAUCACCCGCACGCGCACCUGAGCGCGCAGGGACACCACCACCACCACCACGCGCAGGGAGCUCUCGGAGCCGCGCGGGACCGGGAGCACGCCACGCCGGUGGAGGAGGUUAAUACCAAAGAGGUGGCGCAGAGGAUCACCACGGAGCUGAAGCGCUACAGCAUCCCGCAGGCCAUCUUCGCUCAGCGCGUGCUGUGCCGCUCGCAGGGAACGCUCUCCGACCUGCUGCGGAACCCCAAACCGUGGAGCAAGCUCAAGUCCGGCCGGGAGACCUUCCGCCGCAUGUGGAAGUGGCUGCAGGAGCCAGAGUUCCAGAGGAUGUCCGCGCUGCGCCUCGCAGCUGGACUUGUAGAAACACAGGAGCCGUCGUGCAAAAGGAAGGAGCAGGAACACGGGAAGAACGAGCGCGGAAGCGUCUCGAAGAAACCUCGGCUCGUUUUCACCGACGUCCAGCGUCGGACUUUACAUGCAAUAUUCAAAGAGAACAAGCGCCCGUCCAAAGAGUUACAAAUCACCAUCUCUCAGCAGCUGGGCCUGGAGCUGGCCACCGUCAGCAACUUCUUCAUGAACGCUCGCAGGCGGAGUCUCGAUAAGUGGCUGGACGAUGGAGGCUCCAACUCGGCCAACUCCUCCUCCAGCACUUGUACCAAAGUGUAACAGCUGCAGACUGACCCCAAAAACCCCUUCGGUGGAAAAGCUUUAACCUUAAAAAAACUAAGCCAGAGAACUUCUGGACAGUGUUUUUUUGCCCUUAAGACUUGUACAAUACUGAUAUUUAUAAUAUCCAAAGAAAAAACAACCAAACAACCAAAGACUUCUUCUCCUUCUUCUUCUUCUUCUUCAGCGAGUAUUUAAGACUUCAUUCGUUUAUGUCUGCAAGAAAGAAGUGUUACUGUCAAAUCAUACACAUCUGUCCCCAGCUUCCCACAACACCUCUUAUCUUCGCUCCUCGUGAUUGGUUGGACUCUUUCUCAUCACUGAUUGGAUGCUGACUCCGCCUUGGAGUUCUCGUAUUGUUUCGAUUGUUUUUUUUAUUUGUUUGUUUUUUAUUUUUGCGCAAUUUGAGGCGUGUGACAUCUCAUGAGUUUAAAGCACUGUGUCCAAACGGAGACGAGCACAGGUGUGAUGAUGAUGAUGUCACUCGUGUGCUUCGAGCCCCGCCCCCUUUUCACCCCCCCCCCAUUCCUGAGGGAAAAAAAACACUAAAACAAUUCUCCAGGGUUCGAGGAUAAAAAAAACAAAAAAACAAACAUGAAGCUGUAGCAUCUUCCCAUGGUUUUCCUCCUCGUAGUGCUUUCUUCCUAACUGUCAGGAAAACUAGGAUGCGUUCCGUUCAUUAUCUUUCAACCAUUUCAUCUUCACCUGCAGCAAUCAAUCAAUCAAUCAAGUACCUAACCAAAGAGGCGUGUGUUAAAGUGACCGCUCCAAAUUUCUACACUCUAAUCAAAAACAAUUCAUCAUCGUGCUUUAAAUCAUUCCCAUUUUUAUCCAAUCGCUCUCUACGCUUUGUGGCGUGAUACGUUCAGGGAAAAAGAAAAAACUUCACUAGCUUUAAAAUACUUUACUCAAUGUUUUGAUCAAAAAAUAAAGAAAUAAAUAAUCAAAAACGCCAGCAGCUAAACACCAAAGAUGGACUCUCAUCGGGCAGCUUCAGCACCCGUGUGGUGAAAACGUAAUCAGCCAAUCAGAAGCAUGUAAGCCCAAGAGGGACGCAACUCCACCCACGAGUAAUCACGCCGACACGCAGGGACUGACCGCUGACUGUACAGACACACCGGACUGACCAGUGCUCUCACUCGGCUCACGUCAGAUUCCACCGUUUCGAAAAUUUCACGGUCACACUGUUGACCUUUGUAUCACAUGGUACAGGAACGUUUAUAUCUUUAUUCAUUGGCAACAAACACGCAGUGAAACUCCGAGGCUUAAAGAUAGCUUUAUUUUAACAACAAUCUGGGGCUUAAAAAAAUGGUGUAUGGAAUAUGUCAUAUGUUUCAUUUCACAACGUCUUGUUAGACCAUAAAGUUUAAAAAAUAAUUUAAAAAAUAAUUGCUCUUUAAAGCUGCCUUUCUGCAGCUACUUUCACUUUGUGUCUGUGGAAUAGAAUCCAAGUGGGCGGAGCUUCAAAUCCCUUCAGCUAGAUUCGUCUGGUUAUUCAUGAUACUGUAAAAUUCUGGGGGGGGGUUCCUCUCCGCCUGCAUUUUCUUUAAUUAUGUCUCAGAUUGAUAUUGAUAUCAGGUUUACAGACGUAACGCUGAAUAAUCUGAAAGCAAAAAGCAAAAAAAAAGUUUGGCCCAUUUUUUUUUGGCCCCAGAGUCUGUGUGUGAUGUUACUCACAUGAUGUCCACUAGGGGGCAUCUGGGAGCUGAAACAUCCCCGGCUGGAAGAAUUCAUAUAAAAUGUCGACUUGUAGGAUUCUACCUCCUUCUAACAACAUACACACACACACACACGCACACACACACACAGUCCUGUAUCUGAAUCAAAUCUUCUAAGCCCUGGUUUGCGCUGAUGUUUAUGGAUUAGCAGAAUAACUCUAUGCAUUAUCCGGUUGGGGAGAAAGCACUACGAGCUUCAUCUUCCUCCUGGAGGAAGCAUUCGGUCCACUCCAGCAUUCACGAGAUUUCUGGCCUGGUUGUUACUGGUCACUUGUGGUGUGGUGUGGUUAGCUUUACCAAAAAAAAAAAAAGUUCUAUCUAUAUAUUGGGUAAUUAUUUAUGAGUAUUCCAUUUGCCGACUGGAAGAGCCGCUGCUUCCUGGUGUAGGAAAGACGAAAAUAUCUUUCAGACCUGCUUAUAUUUUUAGUGCGAACCAAAGAUGCUACCUCACUCAGUUUUCAUUAGUGAUUUCUAUCACGUUAAUGAUACCAAAGAAUACCAAAGAUCUUUCUUUUCUUUCUUUCUUUCUUUCUUUUUUCUUUUCCUCUCUUUUGCGCGGCCUUCAUUAAUGAUGUGGUGGAUAAAAUGGACGGUGUGAUGUUCGCCCAGCCUCCUCUCCUCUCCUAUCCUCUCCUAUCCUUUCCUUUCCCCGUCUCUCUCUCACUCUGUCUCUCUGUCUCUCUGUCUCUCUCUCUCUGUGUCUCUCUCUCUCCUUCACUCUGCGUGCUCUCUUUUUCAUCUGUGCUCGUGCGACUUUGAUUAAAAAACUCACAGGACGAGUGCCUUGCUUGAACCAAAGUGUUAAACCGUCGUUAACCUCUCUCUCUCUCUCUCUCUCUCUCUCUCGCUCUCUCCUUGUACUCUUAAAAUACCUCAGCCUCUAGAAAGGCCACUGAUGAAGAUGAAUAGAGUCUGUCUCUCUCUCUCUCUCUCUCUCUCUCUCUCUCUCUCACUGUGGUGCUUUUCACCAGUGCAGCCAUGCAACAAAAACAUACCUUCUCCCUUUCUCCAACUCUUUUGCUGAUGAACCAAAGCUCCUCCUCUUUCUCCUUAUUAAGCCCUUCCCUGACACUAAUCGACCACUAGCCCCGCCCCCUUUUUGCUGGUAGGCGUGUCCACCGCAUCGGGCCGUGUACGUGUUUUUACCAAAUGUCUCAGAAUACCUCAUUCUAAUAAAAGCUUACAGUUGUGUUGUAUAGAGAAUCUAAGUGUUUGAGGCAGAAACUCGAUUAUUUUGCGAAAUUUUUUCAUUCGUAAAAAAAAAUAUCUUUAUUUAUUUUUGACGUUCGGCUUUAAAAAAAAAAAAAAGUAAGUGCUGUGUUCUUUCGCUCACCGAGGGCAAGUUUCCAGAACUUGCGGGAAGGAAAAGAGAAACGUAUUUUUUGAUUAAAAGUUGUGUUAUGCUAUGUGCGAUUACGAUGACGAUGCUGAUGAUGAUGAUGAAGAUGAUGAUGAAGGCUAUUCUUUUUUACAGGGUAAAAAAAAAAAACCAACUGCUGUGACGCCAUGUUUAUAUGUGUUUAUAUAUUUUCCUCUUCUCUCGGUUGUGUGAUUUCGUUCCGUUUCACAUUUUUUGUACCGCUUCGAGUCUGUUUUAAUUUAAGUAUUUGUAGAAAAUAUAGAUUUGUACAUAGUAGGGGUUUUUGAGAUAAAAAAAAAGAAAACAAACAAAACAAAAGCAGAAAAAUACGAGGGGUUUGGUUUUAAGUUCUUCUGAAGGGAAGCGGAGGACGCGGCGCAGGCCUGCCGUCUGUGUGUCUCGGCUGGCACACGGUUCUGCAAUCAAAACACUGCCAGAAACACAUCUCCCUCAGACACACACACACACACACACACACACACACAUGUCCUGGGAUAUGCCACUGUUUUCAUUUGUCCUUUAUUCACGCUGCACACGAUGGAUUUUCCUUUAGAUCUCAGUCUAGUGAAAAAUCACUGGCAUUUUGUGUGUGUGUGUGUGUGUGUGUGUGUAUGGAAACAGUGGUGGAAACGUACAAUCCGAGGCACAUAGGGGGCGGAGCCUAGACAACAAAGCAAGGAGGAGCCGUGGAUUUGAUUGACAGUUUCAUCCAAUACACGCCUCACAUUAGAGCAGCAACACAAUUAGACUUAAAGUCUAAAAAAAGUCCAUUAAAGGUGCGGUUCGUAAGUUUUAGCGCCCUCUUCAGCCUGUGAGGUUGUGGUUGAGCGACUAUAAUGAACAAAUGAAAGAUCCUGUCAGUUUAUUGAACUUUAUGAACAUAUGCACACUGAGCUGCCCUUUAGAAAAAAAGCAGGAAGCACUUCUGUUUUUGUUGGGGGCGGAGCUUAUUUCAGGACCAGAAAAAAAAGUCUGUGGCUUUUUCAAAGAAACUAAUCAAAUCCAUACUGAUGCAUAGCCAUGUUAUGACUGAUUAUUAAUCACAGUGAGGCAUCUUUAAGAUUAUAAAAUGAUUACAACUGCAGAAAAAUGUCAGAAGUGGUUUAACAUUUCAGAAGGAUUAUAUCCCACAAUCCUCGGCAGCUCGGUUUAUUACCCCUGGGGUAUUAAAAUAUCCGUCAGAUUUCCACCAGAUGCCAUUGUCACAGUGCUGUGACUUCGCAAAUCAGGAACUGUAGUGGAUUUUGUAAACACAGAUUAUUUUGUUGUCUGUAGCUACACACAGAGUUUGUUUGCAACUUUUAAGCCCCGCCCCCUUUUCACCUGCCUGUAGUGAUACCCUUAAGCUCCGCCUCCUCAAAAAUAAAGUCAGAUAUUUCAGUCUAAAUUUUCUCAUUUUUGCGUCAUUUCUGUACCUAAACGUAGCGGGUAUGUGGACCGUAACGUCCGUGUAGCUACAACGUAACAGGAGGAAAUGGGUGGAGCUAAGAAAGUCACUUUCAAGAAAAAAUUUCACGAAUCAUCUGCCUGCAAAUUUACUUCAUAAGGAUUUGUUUUGAUUUUUCUUGAAACCGAGCCUUAAGGAAAAAGAAACAUUUUCUAAAACGAAUAUUCUCACUUAAAGCCAACAGAGUCAACGCCAUGCACAAUUACAAAUCAAGUGUAAACCCCGCCUCCAUGAGGUAACAUCAACCAAUCAGAAUCAAACACUACAGAAUUCCUUCAUCAUAGGAAUUGUGCUAUAAUGCAGCAGUAUUAUUGAUUUUGUCGCAUUUUAUGUUGUACAAUCACCUUCACCCAACACACAAACACACACACACAUGCACACACACUCACACACACUCACACACACACACACACACACAGAUUCUCACUCCGUUAUCCCAGGAAUCUUGAUUGCAGCAGUUGGAUUUAGUUCAUAGCCUGAGAUGCUCAAGAGGAAGAGAGUAAAAGACAGAGCACACAGGGAACGUGUGUGUGUGUGUGUGUGUGUGUUGUAACUCCUUCAUCCCUUUCUCUGUAAAAAAUCCUCCCAUCCUAAUGACCCACAGAGUGUGGUGUCUGCGUCUUGGUGUGUGAGAGCACUGCGAUGUCUCCAUAUCUGUGAAUUCCGCGAUUUUAUUACCGGACACCGAUGUUGCGAUAUCUCCAUACGUUAUCUCAUGAAUUAUCUGGAAUGACGUGAACUCAAGAGCAUGAUGUUGUACGUGAGACAUGAAUAUUAAGAUAUCUGGAGUGUGUGUGUGUGAAUAUCAUGAUAUCCUGUUCAUGAUAGUGUGUGAGGAUUUGGGAAUCUCGUUCAUGAACACGGCAGUAUCUGACGGUGUGUGAAGAUCAGGAUCGCUCUGAUUAAUUUGUUUUGCCCUCGUCCCAGUUGGUUGUCGCGGAAAAGUAGUUCCUGUUUGAUACGAAGGCCUGGCUCUGUGUGUGCCCUACAAUAUUUCGAGCGCCUAUGACAAUCAUCUGGAAAAGACACAAAAAAUCAUGAUUUCAUUUUCUUCCUUUCUGUCUGUCUUUCUUAUUUGGAAUCCUUCUUCCUCUUCUUCUUCUUCUUCUUCUUCUUCUUCUUCUUCUUCUUCUUCUUCUUCUUCCUCUUCUUCUUCUUCUUCCUCUUCUGCCUCUUCUUCUUCUUCCUCUUCUGCUUCUUCUUCUUCUUCUUCUUCUUCUUCUUCUUCUUCUUCCUCUUCUUCUUCUUCUUCUUCUUCUUCUUCUUCUUCUUCUUCUUCCUCUUCUGCCUCUUCUUCUUCUUCUUCCUCUUCUUCUUCUUCCUCUUCUUCUUCUUCUUCUUCUUCUUCUUCUUCUUCUUCUUCUUCCUCU